CGUGUGGGCCGCUCUCCGGUGAGCCUGUCCAGACUGAAGCUGGGGAAGUUAAAGGUGGUUCGGCGGCAGCUGCUGCAGAGAUAUGAGCACCAGCCGUUCGUCUCGUGUCUGGGCGGUCUGUACGGCUGCCAGUGGAGGCGCUAUCAGAGAGCCAAAGCCCAGCCGGGAGAAUGCUGCUGCAGCCGGCUGGAAUGCGGUAGCUUCGCUCUCAUCAUUGUGACCUUUUUCCUGACGCUGGUGUUGCUGUAUUUCUGGAGUGAAGCACAGAAUGAUUAUAAUGACUUUGACUGGUUUAAUUUUGGGAACUUGGGUUUCUGGUUCCCGUGGUCAGUGGUGUUGUUGGUGGCGGCGGCGGCGCUCUUCACCUACAUCGCCCUCCUGCUGGUGCUAGCAGUUUGUCUUCUGUCUGAAGGUCAGCGGCUUUACCUCCACUGGAGCCACAAGAUUGGUAUCCUGGUGACUCUGAGUUUCUCCAUCAGCGCUACAGCUGUCCUCUCUGAUCUGUGGAGUAAAGAAUGGACCACGCUGCUCCUCUCGUUUCAGGUCACGGCGCCCUAUCUUCAUGUGGGCGGAGUUUCACUGAUGACACUUCUGUCCUGGCCGAUAGCCUUACACUUCUUUCGCAUGAACAAAAGAGAGAGACAGGUGGUUAUCCUGAGUCUGUAUUUGGCUGUUCUCCUCACGCUGUAUCUGGUGCCUCUGGGCAUGUAUUCUUCGUGUAUCAAAGACGAAGGAACCCUGGGACCAGCGCCCAUUCUCAUCGGACACAGAGGAGCACCCAUGUUAGCGCCAGAGAAUACACAGCUGUCUUUUGAGAGAGCCGUAGAGGCGGGUGGAGAGGGAUUAGAGACUGAUGUCACGAUCAGUUACGAUGGUAUUCCGUUCCUGAUGCACGACAGCACACUGAGGAGAACCACAAACGCGCACGAGAUGUUUCCAAACCGAACAGACGCCCCGGCAGCGAUGUUCACCUGGAGCGAGCUGGAGAUCCUCAACGCUGGAUCGUGGUUCCUUCAGAGGGACCCUUUCGGUACGGCGUCUUCUCUCGGUGUGCAAGAGAAGGUUCAGGUCCAGAACCAGACCAUUCCCACCCUGAAAGAGCUUCUGAACCUGGCUGCCCAGCACGGGAGACUGGUGAUCUUUGACCUCAGACGGCCACCCAGAGGUCACCCGUACAGAGACACAUGGAUCAGUCGCACCCUGGAGGUGAUACACAACGAAUCCUCCAUUAACUCCAGUCAGGUGUUGUGGUUGCCGGCGGAUCAGAGGAGUCUGGUACAGGAGCUGGACCCGGACUUACAGCAGACGUCUGGAGAUCACGGCACCCUCGCGGAGCUUCAGGAGGAACAUAUAGUGCGACUCAACCUCCAUUACAGCCACAUGUCACAGGAGCAGAUCAGAAAGUACGCAUCAGUGAACAUCAGUACUAAUCUGUAUGUGAUCAGUCAGCCGUGGCUUUAUUCUCUGGCGUGGUGUGCGGGAGCUCAUUCAGUGACCACUAACGCUCUUCACAUUCUGAAGAAACUCCAGCGGCCGCUCUUUCUCAUGACUCCUGAGGACUACAGUUUAAUGUGGAGUCUGACGGAUAACGUCUCUGCUUUCCUCAUCGCCGCUGUUUUUAUAUUCCACUGGUGGCGUGAGAGAGGUUUACCUUUCUGGUCUGGCAGCAGACAGGUGAAUGAGAACGGACCGUACAGCAAGUUCAGGACCGAGCUCAGUGACGUCUGGUCCAUCUCCAGCAUCGGCGUUCGAGGAGAACCUCACAACUCGCCAGCCCCACCGAACCUGCCCACCAUCUCAGAAGAGCCGCCCGUCUGAUACAGACAUCUGUGGGAAAGAGAUGUGGACGGACCACAGCGUCCGUGAGAUCUUUCUUUCGUCCGUUUCCACAUGAGCUUCAGACUGACGAGAUGCUGCACGGAGUUUAGCUUCUGAUGCGAAGCCAUUCAUGAUACCUCACUGACCUAAAGAGAAAAAAGGAACGUUUUUAUAGUCCUGCCAAAGUGGCAAAACGCAGUCCCAAAUUGAGAAAAUUGACUCAAAUUUUGAAUGUCAGGAUGAACUGAUUAAGUUGUAUAUGACAUUAUAUUUAACAUGUUUAUGUCAUGUUUAAAGUUCAAUUUGGUAUUUAAAAUGAUAUUUUAAGAUCCAUUUGGAUUUGUGACAUUUUUUAAAUCUUAGCACAUUUUUCAUUGAAUUUUAUUGUGUCCAAUUAUUAUUAAAAAUGUUGAUUUAAGUACCUAAUUUCUUUAUAUAACGAUUACUAUAAAUUAAGAGUUUGGUUCCAAAAUGAGAUUUGAAAAAGUUAUUCAAAAUACUUUUUUUAUUGUGCAUUCCAAUUAAUAUCAAUCAAACUGCAGUUGGUUUGUUUAGAUUUAAGACAUAAUAACUAAAGAAAAUACAGCUAACUAACAUGAAAAACAUGAUAACAUCAUAAAAAACAUGAUUUUUUCUUCAAAUACUGCUGCAUAAUUCACAUUUUUUUAUCUAAUGACAUUUUGAGGGUUGGAGAAAUGUGCUAAACAUAAAAAUGUCACAAUGCGAAACACCGAGUCCUAUAAAAUCCUUUGAUUCUGUGUAAAAAUAAAUCUCUCAGGAAGUUUAGUGUUGGUCAGAUAUUAAAUAUAUCAUGGUACAUGGUCAUGUCUGACAUAAUCAUAUACUGUGGUAUUUCAAUGCUACUUCUUCAUAGAAUACCGUAGUACUACCAUGGUAGUGCCAUAACACGUUUACUUUAGUGACAUAUCAACUGUAUUUUUAUGAGUUGGUUGGCACGAGGAGAUGGGAGGUCAUUCUGUUUCUCCUGCUUCUGUGAAGUUAUUUUUCAUCAUGUGAAUUACUCGGUUUGCCUGUUUAACAGCCUGAUGCACAAAGUGUAGCGCACGGCAAAGAAAAACAAAGAAACUGCUCGUCAUUGCCAAGGCAUAUUUCAGACCUCUUUGGAAACAUUGAAGAUGUCCGUUUCAUCGCAUGAUGUCACACAAUCAUGAAUAAAAAUCAGACAAUGUGAAAUUGGUAGUUCUGAUAAAGAGCUUUUACUUACGGAGAAAUAUCAUCAGCUUGUAGUGACAAACGUAAUUAUAAUAUAGCCACUGUUGCCAGUCAAGUGAUGAGUGAAGAUUUGGCUUUGACGUUUACUGAAACUCCAGACAUGAGCUUUCCAUUGAAUGAUGAAACCUUUUGCCUGUGUAAAAUGCAAUGCCUAGUAUGAUUUCUAUUUAAUCUGUAACAUAUGUUUGUAUAUAUGAUUGUAAACCGAUCUUAAACAGAAUUCUGAUAAGACGUUUUUGUUGUGACUAUAUAAACAUUUUAACUUCAACAGCUUUAAAAAUGACAUUUGUGUUUUUGUUCAGCUAAUUCUUUCAAGUGUGCUAUUAGUAUGCCUUUAAAUAAGAAAGUAUGAUCUCAGACUACUUUUGAUGUUCUCGGAAAUAUACGUAAAAUGACAUUCAAGCAUACUUACAGUUUAUCUAGCCUUCAAACAGUACAUGUACUCAACUUAUGUUCAUGAAGUCUUCGAAGUGUGCGUGGCUUGUGUUUACUGAAAAAAAACGUAGCUUUGUAUACUGUGCUGUGCUAUAUAAGACCAGUUUUACGGCACUUAUGCAUUUUGUUGUCCUUAUGUUGUUCCAAUUGCUUCUAUUGUUUACUUCAUUUUUAAGUCGCUUUGUAUAAACGCAUCUGCUAAAUGACUACAUGUAAACGUAAAUGUAAAGAUCCGAUUGAUUUGCUCAUUUAACACUUUUUUUUUAAAGUUUUACACAAUGUCUCGUAAACAUACAUGUUCAAAGCUUUUUUCCUCAAUAAAAUAAACUU